AUGACUUCCACUUACCUCUUGAUGUUUUACCAGCUGUGACAGACACCCUUGACUCCAAGACGAAAGGGGAAGAUUUGCACAAGGAGAGCAGACCUUACCGCUACUGCGAAAAAAAAACCAUGGACCUGUCAGACAGUGACCGUCCCGUCAGCUUUAGCUCCACUUCUUCCUCUGCUUCCUCCAGGGACAGCCACUGCUCCUUUGGGAGCAGAACGACCUUGGUUUCAAACAGCCACUUGGGUUUGUUCAACCCAGAUAAAGAAACAGGUGCCAUCAAACUAGAACUGGUCCCAGCCAUGCGAUUUUCCAGCAACAAACCACACAAAAACUCCCAUGUGGAGCAAGAGGAUCCUGAAGAAAGCCUUGAAAAAAGGCUAAGCAUGCCAAGGAAAGCAGAACCGAAAGGAGCAAGCAAAAACUGUGCAAUGUCCCUUGUCACAGAGCCCACCAGUCCCAAGCUCCUCUAUGUAGACAGAGUCGUCCAAGAGAUUCUGGAGACAGAGAGGAUGUAUGUGCAAGAUCUAAAAAGUAUUGUGAAGGACUACCUCGACUGUAUCACUGACCAGACCAAGCUCUCCCUGGGGACAGAAGAGCGAUCAGCCCUGUUUGGAAACAUAAGAGAUAUCUACCAUUUCAACAGUGAACUUCUGCAAGAUUUGGAAAACUGUGAAAAUGAUCCUGUGGCUAUAGCAGACUGUUUUGUUUCCAAG